AUGGAAAUAGAAGCACGCCAUAGCGAGUUGCGGAAGCGGCUCGAUGUGCUAGGUUUCGGCCAUCCACUGCCUCUUAGUGCCAUUGGUAUUGUAUCGGCAAUUUUGGACGAUCUCAUACAAACGUCGGAAAAGCUGAAAUGUGCAAACCAACAGAUCGAACUUCUUCAUCAGGAGAAGGCCGCCUGGGAACUUGGCGUGGAACCGUACAAGUGCGACAAUUCCCGGCUGUUGGCGGAAUGCAAUGAACUGCACCUGGAACUCAUAAAGCAGCAAGAUAAGUACAUUCUGGCGAAUACGGAAUUGCGGUCGCGCGUGCGAUCGCUGCAGACAGAGAAGAAGCAGCUGGAAGACAAAUGUCUGCAAAUGGAAUGUAAGAUCCGAGAACUGCAAACUGGCGUCAGCGAUAGUGUAAAAUCUCACAAGGAUAGUGUUAAUAAGCAGCGAAAACCAUUCAUAUCGACCGUGAGGGCUGGUGCGUUCUAUCAACCGCCAAAGUGCUGGGAACAAGGAAUGCAACAGCAAGGGGUCCUUCCAUCAAUGUGCCGAUGUUCGUGUAACCAAAUGAAACAAGCAGACGUUGUACACGAGGUCGAACGGCUGCGAGUGGAGACAAAAAACCAACAAGGUGUUAUCGAUGCCCUCCAAAACCAGGUUAAUUCGCGAGAUCGUGAAAUACAAAGACUCGGUACCCUUUUCGCUGGCGGUCGCCCGGCUGCAGCACUAGCUAAGGAUUGCUGUUACCGUGGAGUCGAUGUGCUUGGUCACGAUGUAACAGCGCUACAGCAAGAGAAAUUGGCGUUACAGCAGAAACUAACCGAAGCACAGGAAACCCAUGAACGUACUGCCCAGCGGCUGAAUCGGAUUUCAGAGAAAAAUCAGCAGCUCGAGAAAGAAUUGCGGGAAUUUGAAAAUGUUGCGUUAAAAGUGGAGUCGGAGGCCAACCUUAACAUUCUUGAUCGUGAUCGCAAGAACUCGGAGCUAAACAUCAAAUUGCAAGAAUCGCUAUUACGCGUACGAGAGCUAGAAUCUCUUGUGGAGCUGUGCUCUGGAGCGGCUCCAGCACAUCAAGUAUCGGAUAGUUCUUCAUCUUCAUUUGCUGGUCCAUCGGACGUCACACUGCACAAUGCACUCAGGCAAGCGACGGAAGAAAAGCGUCAGCUGUACAAGCAGCUGAACGAGUUAAAGGAUCGUGAACAGACUAUUUUGGCGGACUACGAAAAAGUAAAAACGAAGUACACAAAACUCAAGCAAAAAUACUCCGUUCUAGACCAACAGAAACAGCAGCGAUCGGCUAGUAACAUCGAAAAUAAUGUGGAGUUGCAAUCUCUGCAGUUUCGAUGCAGCGAUUUGGAGGAAAAAUUGCGACAAGCGAAGGAAGAACGAGACAAAUUUAGUUCAGAAUCGGAACGGCAGCGUAGUAAGAUAACGCAUCUCAAACAAGAAACCAUCGACAAGGAUCAUAAGCUUGCCGAGCUGAAGAUUGAACUUCAUGAGCAGCGCAAAUCAUAUCGACCUCAAACAACUGCAAGUGUGGCAAAGGUGAAAACAGCUGAUUCGAUAGGUUCAGCGCAAUCAUCCCUCUCUGUCCAGGCAGCUAUUCGGCGGAUCGAGCGAGAACGUGAUGCUGUCAAGUCCAUGGCUCAACAGCUUGAACAGGAGAGGGAUGCUUUGCGAGAAAAAUUAAAGCUUUCUACAAGAAGCCAGCAAGACGAGCUUGCCAAGCACGAGAAUCUCAUUGUUGGGUACAGUGUGCAGGUAACAAAGCUGGAAGCGGAGAAACGAGAAUUGCAGAGCAGUCAGGCUGCAGCACAAACGAGUGUAAAAAUGCUAAAAGAAGAAAACCGAGAACUUCAGAGUCGAGUAAAAGAGUUAGAGGCGAACUACAGUAAGCUCAAGCUCACCCACUCAAAGUUAAAAAUAAUCCAAGAACAAACUGAACAUACACUUGCGUUACAUCAAAAUCGUUUGCUGAGCACUGAAACGCAGCUCGGCACGGCGGAGAGUAAGCUUCAUCAAGUGGACAACACCGUCGAAGAUGCACAUAAGCAAGUUUGCAAUUUGAAGAGCGAGAUCAAUGUACUAAGAGCUUCGAACGCUGCCCUCGAACGGGAAAAAAAUAAUCUUUUGAUGAAUUUGGACAAAAAAACAGAAUUAUUGUUCACGGCCGAGGGUGAGCUGACUUCGUUGAAGACAAAAAGGAACGAACUUCAACGUAACAUUGAUCAACUGCAGAGCAAACUCAACAAUAUUAGCUCAGACAACAUCCACAAAGAAAGCACGUUGAGAAACGUUUCCACCGAAACCGACACGCUUAAAAAGCAGAUGGCAGCACUGAAGCGCAGAAACGACAACGCAUCGACGGAGAAUGGACGUCUGUCGAACGAGUUAACUGACGCCUUAGCCGAGCUAACGCUAACGAAGCGGCAUCUGAAGGAUUCUCAGCAGGAGGUAGAACGGAUGAAAACGCAAUUACGUGAAUACGUUCAGGAAAUGCAACGCGCCGAAGAAUUGCUGUUUGCGAAGGAACGUGAAAGAGAAGAGAUGCUGGAGCGAUAUAAAUCUCUGUCUGAGGGUGUUAACGUGCUGGAGACAAGCAAUCAAACCCUCGAAGCGGAAACCAGUGAGGCAAGGAAAUUGUUGCAAGAAGCAGAGGAUCGCAUUACGACAAUGGAGGUGCUGGUAAACGAACGUGAGCAAAACAUUCGGGAGUGUGAGCGUCAGAUAAGCGAGCUUUCAGCCAACCUGGCCGGUGCCCAAUCGGAGCUGGAUUCGUUACGGGAGGAAAAUCGUGCACUUGCGUUGGAUUUAGAAGCUACCAAGGAAUUAUGCAAUAAGCUGGACCUGCAGAAGGACAAAUUAAAUGCUGAGCUGCAUGAGCAUUCGAGUAUCCGCGAACAGCUCGCACGAGAAAAGGACACGCUUCAAAAGGAGCUAACUCUCGCUCGCACAGGUGAUCGUGCUGCCGUCGGUGGCCUGCAGGAACUGCUCACUGCCAGUCGGGCGGAAGUUGAGCAGCAGCGCAUAGCGAUGGUACAGCAUCAGCAGGAGACAGAUAAGCUGCGUACAGAUAUGGACUCGCUAAGGAGGCGUUUAGCGGAUGAGCAGGAGACUGCACGACGUAGUAAUGCGUUGGCCAGCGAGUACAGCGUGCAGCUGCAGGAGUUAAGACGACGCAUUACGGAUGAACGGUUCGCUCAAAUUCAGUCCCGCGACGCCGGUGAGUCGACCGAGCGUGACGAUGAUGAUGUCUACGAUGACGACGAUGGCAACAGGUAUUCAACGAUGUAGUGAUCUCACAUAGGGUAGUUUGUAAGGAUAAG